AUGGCUACUCCCAAGAGGCGUAAGAUCGAAACCUCUGAAGGCUCUCGGCCCAUGAGUGCCUUUGCCUUGAGACAACAACUUCUGUCAGGUAGUCCAUCUUUAUCACCAGCUGACCAACCUGAACCGGCACCUGGAUCCCCGGUGUCGACUCCUACGCCAAAUGGACGAUCCCCUGCUAGAGCCAGGGCUUCGAAAAGGGCUGUAGGAGCUGAGAGCACACCGAAGAGUGCCCAAGACCAGGUUGCUGGAACCGGAAAUGAGGUUGCAGCCCCGGAUAAUGCCUCAUCACAGGCGAUUGACCCAUCGAACGCCCAAAUCGAAUCUGAAAAGAAUAUGCCCCAACAGUUCUCGACUUUCAGGCCCAACAAGAGCAAUUCGCGGAGACAUGCUGGCGGUGUCUUGGAGCUGAGUCUCAAGGAUAGUGAGCGUUUCUUGGUCCUGGGUAGCUACGGGAUUCGUGUAAUCAGCGGUGAAGUUACCGUCGCAGGCGCAAACAUUCGAUCUGCAGACGGUAUGAAAUGGGUUCACGCUCCCCAUUGCCACGGAAUUCCCGUCGUGCGCUGUUCGGAUGAGACGUCAUUAGAGCUCCACCCUCAUCCACAGGCUGCGAGCCUUCGCAAGCUGGAGAGAUUGUCUCCUCUGUUCAGAAGUUUGUGGCAUGAGCCUGAAGAAUCAAGAUCAAGCAAAAAGAGGGCCACGGUCGACACAUACAGAAUUAUCUGCACUUCCGAUGAUGCUCCCAAACGAGCUCUCAUCCAGGACCUCCGCUCUCUCCCCGCGUGGAACAAGAAACUGGCGGGACUAGCGAAGGUAAAACAAGACCAGACCCUGAGCGUGAUGCUAUGCGGACCAAAGUCAUCAGGGAAAUCAACAUUCGGCCGGAUUCUCGGUAAUCGCCUGCUCACUGCUCCCGGUGCGCAGCGGCUCACUCCUCGUUCGGUGAUGGUGCUGGAUCUCGACCCUGGGCAACCGGAGUAUACCCCUGCCGGCACCAUUUCUCUGGCUCAGGUCAGAGAACCGAACUUGAGCCCUUCGUUCACACACGUCGCGACGAGUGAACAGUCGGCGACCAUCAUUAGGUGCCAUUCCAUCGCCUCUGUAUCACCGGCAUCAGACCCCGAACUAUAUCUGGAGUGCGCUCUGGAUCUUUAUCACCAUUACCAAAACACAUGCCGUGGUUUACCUUUGAUUAUCAACACCCCUGGGUGGAUUCUAGGCACAGGUCUCGAUCUGUUAACUGAGAUGGUCUCCAGUUUCAAGCCGACAGAAGUUAUCUACAUGUCCGAAGACGGUCCUAAGGAGAGCGUCGAAGGACUCCAAGCGGUUUGCAAAGGAAUCUUUACCACCCUUCCCUCCCAACAAUCAGAGUUCACUUCGAGAACGGCUGCGCAUUUGCGGGCGAUGCAGGCGUUGGCUUAUUUCCACGCCAAAAGAUCAACCCCGACCCAGGUCACAUGGGACCCUGCACCAUUGACAACACAACCGCCUCUGUUGGUUGACUAUCGCAGCAAGAACCGUGGUAUCUUUGGCAUCAUCAGCUACGAGUACCAGCCACCCGCAGAAUUGCUCGCAGAGACCAUUAAUGGGUCGAUAUUGUGCUUAGUCGAGACUGCGGACGUCAAGGCUUUUGAUCGAUUGAGGGGUGAAGCAUCAACAUCUGCCGUGGGCGGUGAGAUGGACGUGGAUGGACGUGAUGUCUCUGCAAACUUGGAGGAUUUGGUAUUCAGGACACCGGAAGGCGUUCCGUUCAUCCCGAACUCGGAUGCCCAGACCUUGGACCCUCGCUACUCGCAAACACUGGGCCUGGUUCUCCUACGAGGUAUCGACACCGACUCGGGCGCUCUUCAACUCCUGACACCAAUUCCACUGGAGCGUAUCGAGGCGGCCAAAGAAGCUGGAAACCAGCUAGUGCUCAUACACGGAAAGCUGGACUCUCCCGGUUGGGCUUACACCGAAGACUUGUACUACCAGUCUUUCAGCAGCAGUGAUGUGGGAAAAUACGAUACUGUGGAAGUCAUGGACGAGGACACGGAUAGUGACGACUCAGACAAGGAGCCGGAGAAUCCUCAGUUGGCAGGAGACGUCAGUGGAACCCCGUGGAUUGAGGUCCUGCAGGGCCACGAGAAGCGUCCAUUGCCAGAGUCUGAGGUCGAUGUUCUCAUCAUCGGCGCUGGUCCGGCCGGGUUGAUGCUGGCGUUGUGGCUGGCCAGGUUGGGUGUCAAGACGCGUAUUGUGGACAAGAGAACGGCCAAGAUCUACUCUGGACAGGCAGACGGUUUCCAAGUGAGGUCUCUCGAGAUCCUGGACAGCUUCGGCAUUGCAGAGCGAGUAUGGAAGGAGGCGAACCGCAUGCUAGAGGUCUCCUUCUGGAACCCCGACGAAAACGGCACCAUCCACCGCAGCGCCAAAGCCGUCAACACGAUCCCAGGCCUCUCCCGCUUCACGGAAUCCGUCCUCCACCAAGGCCGCAUCGAGCAGUUCUUCCUGGACGCCAUCCGGGACUCGUACGCCGCGGACGAGGAGGCCCUCGGCGUCGAGCGCAUGGUCAUCCCGACCUCCCUCGAGAUCGACGAGAGCAAGGCCGAGGACCCGGACGCGCACCCCGUGACCGUCACCCUGAGGCACUUGACCGAGGAGGAGGCGACGCCGACGCAGAUGCUGAGUAACCUCAGCGACGGGCUUUUCAGGAGUAACCUCGCGGACGACGACGUCGGAGAUAUCCUGGACAAGUCGAAGAGUCGCGAGGCGCGGGAUGAGAUUGUGAGGGCGAAGUAUGUUGUCGGAUGUGAUGGUGCGCAUUCGUGGACGAGGAAGACUUUGGGGAAGGAUUUUGAGAUGAAGGGGGAGACGACGGAUGCGAUUUGGGGUGUGAUGGACAUCGUCCCCAUCACCGACUUUCCCGACAUCAGAUUCCGGACGGUGAUUCACAGCCCCUAUGGCGCUGUGAUGAUCAUUCCCCGCGAGAACAGGAUGGUCCGGCUGUAUAUCCAGCUGAAGGAGGUCUCCGCCGGCGGUGGUCGGGUCGACAGGUCUCAGAUCACCCCUGACUUCAUCUUCAAAUCCGCGCAGAAGAUCUUCAGCCCUUAUAAGCUUGAGUACCACUAUUGCGACUGGUGGACGGCAUAUCAAAUCGGCCAACGAACCGGCGACCACUUCAGCAAGCACAACCGCGUGUUUUUGGCCGGAGACGCCGUACACACCCACUCGCCCAAGGCAGGCCAGGGCAUGAACAUCUCGAUGCAGGACAGCUACAACCUAGGCUGGAAGAUUGGUCUCGUCUGCAAGAACAUCCUGCCCCGGGAUGUUCUUUCGACCUACGAGCUCGAGCGCAAGAAGAUCGCAAAGGACCUCAUCGCCUUCGACGGCAAGUUCUCGAAGCUCUUUUCGGGUCGUCCGGCCAAGGAUAUCAUGGAUGAGACGGGCGUUUCUUCGGAAGAGUUUCAGAAGGCCUUCCACACGAGCCGAAUGUUUACUACCGGCGUGGGCGUCAACUACCAGCCCACAGUCCUGGUCGCCAAGAACCCCGACGAAGACUCAGAGGCCAGCCACAGCCUGAAGAGGAGCGAAGCCAAGAGCACACAGGAACUCGCGACAAACUGCAAGCUCGGCCAGCGCUUCCCCUCGUACAAGGUCAUCCGCCAAUCCGACGCCCGCCUCUGGGAACUCCACCACAAGAUCCCCUCCAACGGGCGCUUCCGUCUGAUCGUCUUCGGGGGCGACAUCUCCCAGCCCGCGCGCCGCGACAAGGUCAACGCCCUCGGCGCCAGUCUCGCGUCCUACCUGCCCCAACUGCCGACCAUCAAGCUUUCCCCGGGCUCGGAUCCCCACGGCGGGAUGAAGUUCAAGACGGAUGCGGAUCCGUCGGUGGUUGAUGUGCUGCUGGUGCAUACUGCGCCGAGGGACGAGAUCGAGGUGUUGAAGGAUGUGCAUGAGAUGUAUCACCCGUUCGAUAGCAAGCUGGGGUGGGAUUACGAUAAGGUGUUUGUUGAUGGUGAGACGUUUUACGAGGAGCCGCAGAAGGCGUAUGAGAAGUAUGGGAUCGGCGAGGAGGGGGCUGUCGUCGGGUUGAGGCCGGAUGGGUAUGUUGGACUUGUUACUUCGGUUGGAGAGGACGGGUUGAGGGAGAUUCAGAGAUGGUUUGGCGGUAUCUUCCAGCGAGCUUGA